AUGGCUGUCUUCGGAGUUGCUGCCGAUAAUUCUAAUGAUGAAGUCACUCAAUAUCAAAUGGGCCGCCAUGUUAGUAGUAACGAAGGCAUGUGGCGUAUAUUUUCGUUUCCUAUACAUGAACGACACCCUACUGUUGUUCACUUGGCCGUACAUUUGGAAAAUGGUCAACGGGUGUAUUUUACAGAUGCAAACAGGCCACCAUCGACAACAUUAACCAGCUUCUUUGAAAUGUGCCAGAAUGAUGAUUUUGCCAGAACGCUACUUUACCCCGAAAUGCCAAGAUAUUAUACCUGGAAUCAAUCAUCAAAAAAAUUCCAACGACGUAAACGAGGACAGUCAGUUCCAGGUUAUCCACAAGAAUUUUCCACCGAUGCACUAGGCCGUCUUUAUGCAGUCCAUCCCAGUCAAGACGAGUGUUUUUAUUUGCGUUUACUGUUAGUCAAUGUUCGUGGUCCAACAUCAUUCCAACAUCUGCGAACUGUUAAUGGUGUAUUGUGUGGCACAUACAGAGAAGCCUGUCAACAUUUGGGAUUGUUAGAGAAUGACACUCAUUGGGACCACACUCUCGAAGAUGCUGUGAUUUCGUCAAAUGCUAAACAAAUACGAACAUUAUUUUCUAUAAUUUUGUCUACAUGCUUCCCAUCAACACCGACUGAUUUGUGGCAUAAAUACAAAGAUCAUAUGGCGGAAGAUAUGUUGCAUCAGAUGCGCCUUAGAACAUCGAAUGUAGAUUUACAAAUGAACGAAGAAAUUCACAAUGAAGCAUUAAUUUUAAUUGAGGACAUGUGCUUGAUGCUUACCAACAAAGUAUUAACACAAAUAGGAAUGAUAGCACCCAAUCGCCCAAUGCACGAGUCAUUUGAUCAAGAAUUGAGACGCGAAGCUCAAUACGAUUCUGAAACAUUACGAGAAAUGGUUGAUAGAACAGUUCCCCUUUUAAAUCAACAACAAAAAUAUGCCUACGAUACGCUCAUGAAAGUAGUGAACGAUGGAACUGGUGGAUUUAAUUUUUUAUAUGCGUGGAACUGGAAAAACGUUUUUGUUAUCAUUGAUUUUGGCCACGAUUCGAUCGCAAAAUGGAAUUGCACUAGCCCUAGCUUCAUCAGGUAUUGCAGCUACGUUGUUGGAAGGCGGUCGAACAGCUCAUUCGGCUCUCGAGUUGCCGUUGAACCUUCAAAUAAAUGA